AAAUAUCUUAAAAGACUUAUAUUUAGGUACGGAGCGAGUAGUACUGACUGUGGCGCUACCAGGCCAGUUGGCAGCAGCAUCUAUACCUGCGUUGCCAUUACCUCGGCAGCAAAGUUUGGAGCAUACAAAUUGCCGAGCGACAGGAACACUACCACAAUAAGCAUUCGCCUCUACUUUACCACGCCACCCUCACUCAGUCUCCCGGCCGAGCGAGCGGCGAGACGAUACACAGCAGCACGGUCAUAAGUACAAAACACCAACGUCCUUGCCACUAGCUCGCUGCCGGCCGACUAAUGCCGGAGAAGCCUCCGCCGCCCGGGCGCCGUCCGACGGCGGCGGCGAGCUGGGUCCGGUCCCUCCAGUGCAAGUCCAUGGCGGCUGACGACGUCGUCACCACCGUCGCGGCACUGCCAAAGAAGUCCCACCUCCUCCUCCGGUCGAGCUGCGGCAGCUCCGGCGACACCCAUAGGGACGUCUCCUCGUGCAAGCCCAAGCUCAAGUCGAGUUCCAAGACCAGUUCGGCGACCAAGAAGCCCAAGGCGGCCAAACCGACGUCGGUGCCGCCGUCGCCUCCUCCCGGCCCGCUCGGCCCGCUGCCGGCGCUGACCGAGCUCCCGGCGGGGCACUCCUCGCGGCAGGUGGUGGAGAUCAUCUUCCUCUCGUCGUGGUCUCCUCUCCCGCCGGCACCGCCCGUCGCUGUCGGCGGCGCGUUCACGGGAGAGGUGGAGAUGCUGUUCCGCGUCCACAACCAGGCGCGCGCCGUGGCGCGCUUCGAGGACUACCGCGCCGGCGUGCGCGCCCGGGCCGGCGGCGCCUCCCGCAGCGCCGCCGACGGCAACGAGAUGAUGCGCUUCUCCCCGGCCCCGCCGCACGGGUGCUCCCCCUCGGACAGCGCGUCCCUGCGCGUCGUCCGGACCUUCGACGGCAGCGGCGGCGCGCACGCCAGCGGGCGCGGGCCGGAGACCGGCCGGCGGGCCAUGUUCCUGUGCAGGGUGAUCGCUGGGCGGGUGGCGGAGGGGCUAGUGGCCGGCGAGGCCGCUGCCAAGGAGUACGACUCCGUCCGCGGCGGCAAGGGCGAGCUGGUGGUGUUCGACCGGCGGGCCGUGCUCCCCUGCUUCCUCAUCAUCUACAAGCUGUAAAAAACCGCUAAUAUUGAAUUUGGCACUCCCUCCCGUGUUAACCAUAAACUAUGCAUACAUAUAUUUCUUCUCGCUGAA